GUUGUACWCUCCAGCGAGUUUUCCUUCAAAGCAUUGCUAUUCAUUGAGAAAGAAAACGCAUCACAUUGCCAUCGAGKUUGAAACACGGUGGAGAUCAUUGGUGCAUUUCUACCAUUUACUACAUGUGUAAAAGACCAGGAGUUGUGAAUGAAUCACAAUACCUUUAGUAAGCAGUAGCCACAGCAAUAGCACUCAAACUAUACCCAUCGAUCCAUCCGUUCGUCCUUCCAUUUUUCGAUCAGCCAUCGCCCUGGAACGAAACGAAAUCUGCUUCCGAGUACCGUAUCGACUCCGAGAGAGUCAUAGACUGACAGAUUCCUAGCGCAUCGAAGAGAAUCGAACUGACGAACAGAAUACAGCUAACAAACAAUGGCUAMCGUGGCUGCAUUGAAGGAUGCACCUAUAGGACAUGCUGCCAAUMAUCCAAAAAGUUCGUGUUCCGCUASCGCGAAUGGAGGAACGAGUAGCUCUGCUAGUGGAACAGAAAACCCUGUUCCUUCGAUAACACUAUCGAUCACACAGGAUGACGUGAAGCGCGUCCUAGAAGCAAGCGAGGCAUUAUCUAARAAGUUGGUUGAAAUACAGCAACAGGAGGGCAAGAAUACGGAAACGCUUCCCUGCGAUGUUGGCAGCAGUCCCAUCGCAGUGGAGUCGUCUAUGCCACCGCUAACAACGACUGGAAUCGAUAAAACCGAGAACAGCCACGGGGCCGAUGAUUCAUCGAGCGGUCCUUCGCUGCGACCAGCAGUUUCGACCUCAGAGGACGAAAGUACMAAAGAUGGCACCGAAACAGCAGCAACUCGAAAAACAAAGGACUCUGGUAGCUGCAGGCGGCCUUUGCACGAGCUUAUAUAUCAAGCAGCGCGAGAGUGUGARAACACCAUGCUCCAAUCCUUUCUGGAUAGAAUGAAAUAUUCUGGUUCAUCUCCAAGAGAAAUCAACGCCGGCGUCAUGGUGUUUUCCGAAAUGGACCUCAACCUGAAAAUCAAACGAAUCUUUGAUAUUCUCGGCGAGGGAAAGAAAUGCCGAGGGUCGUCCAGUGAAGGAGACAUCAAAACAAAUGGGGGGGACGAUAAAGAUGUCGAACAGGGGAAAAGUCUUAGCCGUGAUGGAGCACUUUCACUCUUCCGGGCAGUWAUUGUUGCCAUUGCAUCAUGCAUUCAGAAGAAUGCAAAGAUGCAAAUAGAGAUGAGAGAUAAAGAGAACGGGGAGCAACCCAGAGUGAAACGAAGAAAGCCAAAUACGCCAGAAAACGAUAUCAAGAAGAUGAGUUCGGACAAACACGAGGUGUUAAAGAAUGUUGACUCGGUUCAUCAUUCACUACAGACACCAACUGUAUCCUUUGACAAUUCGACUGUUGUCCCUGUCAAGGAGGAGAACGAUGUGGUAAAAACAUCGUCCGUCCACAAGGAAUUCGAGGAAAUUGCAGUUUAUGCGACAGAUCGGCUUGUCAAGUUUGCCGUAAAGAAGUCGGGGAAUAACAGUAGCGAUCGUGUGGAAGUAACGUUUGCCAUCUUUCAGAGCUGGAGGCGGGCAGAAGGAGCGAGAAUAGCACCUUGGUUGGAUUUGCUGAACCUGUCGAGAUGGAAGACACCCCAGCGUUCAACGGAAAAAACUUCUGUCCCCUCUCAAACGAAAAACCAGCCCAAGCCUCAAACGCAACCCAUAGUUUCGCGACCAAAACCGGUACCAGAGCAAGCAAAGACCAAUCCACUUUCGGUUCCAGUCAAGAAGACGUCUUCUUCUGAUGCAGUGACCGCGGUGCAAAAAACUGAGAAUUCCACGGAACCAAAACUGAAAACAGAAUCAGCGAAGAAGGCGGAAAUUGUUACAAGUAACUCCGUGGCACAAUCUCGUACACAAGUUUCUAKCCAAGCUCCUCCAUACGUGAGCAAGAAUUCAAGCAGAACCGUUCUUUCCUUUGACUUUUCUGGUUCUAUACCAGAAGAAGAAGGAGAGCAACCGUUCUGCAUUACUAUUACUGAAGAGAAUCUCAAAACCUUUCGCUCCUUGGUAGAGAAAACGGGUCUCAUCAAUCGGUCUUGUCAUGAAAUUACUACAAUUUUACUCGAUGCCUCGAAAGCCCGAAUGCACGAAGGAAWAGAAAGAAAAAUUAUGACGAUUGAACGRUUUCAUACUUGCCUGCAUCAACUGUUAGGCUCGGGCUUUUCUCAAAGACUCUCCAAAUCRGAUAAAGAUAUAUUUUCUUCUUGCUUUGUGGACUUUUUCGGAUGCUUCACUCCAGGCAUUCCACCUCUUGAAUCGGGGGAGGCUUUUACGCAUGAACUUGCAGUCGGUUUCUGUUUUCUCUGCGCUGGGAACAAGAGCUCUAAGUUGGCUACAGGGUUCGAAUUYCUUGAGGAMCAGAUGGGAAGAGGUCUAACAAGCAAGCAACUUGUUCACUUUUUGCGAUCCUAUCUGACGAUGUUGGCUGGAAUUUCCUUCUUGACCUCCUCAUCCGAUGGUAUCAUGAGACCAAAAUUGAAUGCAGCUACACGGAAACUAAUGUACUCUGCUGUUGAAAAUGGAGCUAGUUGGACGYUGGGACAUUUUCUGAAAGAUAUUGGUCUUCCAGAAAAUGAUACCAGUGAGGUGAAACACACAUUUGAGGCCUUUGCCUCCUGGUAUUCUAGCGGAGGCUUUAAUACUGCACCAUGGCUCGAGCUCCUUGAUUUGAAGAAGUUACUAUCUCUUGUGGAUGAAGUCUAUCCGAAGUCCCCUGCAAUGACACAUGAUGCGCUUCCAGCGUUCCCUGGACUAAAGCCUUCGUCGCCUGAGUUCCUCUCUCCUAGACCAACCCGCCAACAUCAUACGACGAAUCGUCAUCGUCACCCCAGCAAUCCUACGGUUUCAAAUUCUAAUAGCAUGUAUUUGACAUCGUUCGGUCAUUCGCACCCUCCUCMAGCCCUUCAAAUUCUGUUCAAUUUUCCUCUCGCAAAUCAGUGCUCUCUGGUCGUCCUUAAAGAAGACGCAACUUAUGUAAGAGGAGUCGUUGAUCAGCUAGGCUUGCUACCGUACCCUCCAGAAGAAAUAUGGUCAACAUUACACGAUCUUGCUCUCAAACAAUCAGCGAAGAAAUACCCCAAGAAUGCGGGCAUAUCAAAGACGAUGUUGAUCAACAAGGCCAGCUUUGUCGAAUGCAUGCAAGGCACAAUUCAGAAGAAAGUWAAGACGAGCAGAAAACGAAGUGCCAGUGGUCAUUCRAAAUCUAAUAACUUAGAUCUUCUCGCAAAUCUCUUCCGGAGCUUYGAUCUCGUUCAGAUCGAUCAAGUUGCUUUGAACGAACUGAUGGGUGGGCUGACCUUGCUAUGUGGAGGAAAGAAGUCAACAAAACUAUCUUUCGCCUUCAGUUUGUUUGACCGACGUCAAUUUGGAAGUAAGAAAGCCAAGAAGAAUCAUCCAGCUCUAAAUUCCUUGGAUGGAGAAGAAUUGUUUCUAUUUCUUCGAUCCUUUUUGAUCAUAACRUUUUCAUGCUGUCGACAAAGUUGGGAUUUAUCUGAUGACGCYGUCAAUCGGUACAUCGCAGAUACUGCCAAUAUGGUGACAGACGAUGUGAUGCGGUAUCAAUGGCGAACAAGAAAAAAGGACCGCUUGAACUUUGAAGAAUUCGGUCGAUGGUAUAAUGAAGGGGGAUAUGAGACAGCGCCAUGGUUGGAGCUGCUCGAUUUAACAAAAUGGGUACUUGUCGAAAACUUUGAUUCGUUUGAGAAGCAAUGCCCACCACCGCCACCAACGGCCGAUAUGCCAAUGAAACGUGCUCCGCCGCCUUCGCCUGGCAUUACUCUUGGAUCAGGAUUACCAGAUUCGGAUUGCCCGCCAGCUCCUCCUGAUGCUGAAAUGGAUGGGUCGUUUUUCGACGAUGACCCAAACAAUCUCCUACCGAUGGACAGUAUCGAUGACGAAAUGGACUUGCUUCUGAUACAACAUACAUCWCAUGACAAGGAAGAUGCUGAAAUUUCUAAGCUCGUGAAAUCUUUUCCUUUCUCUCCGAAGUAUUCUCCGAAGCCAUCUCCUAAAGCGAAGAAUAUGCAACAAAAUCAGAACUCUAUGGCUUUGAAAAUAUACAUAAUAACUGACGACAGUCAUGAUGGCUACAUUUUUUCGAUGAGUCAGAAGAGAAUAAGCCAUCUUCGUCACAUUCUGAUGGAAUGUGAACUCCAUAAGGUUGAUUGUGAGAAGGCAUCAAGAGAAAUAUUGGCGAAAGCUGAUCGUGAGAAAUCCAGCUCUCACCUUUCUCCUUAUGUUCUGACUAAGGAGGGUUUUGACUCGGCCAUGCGCAAAGUCAUCGUUUCGAGAACGAUGAGUGUYGAAACGCAGCGAACUUUAUCGAYGUUGUUGAACGAUAUAUUCUUUGCGUUCGAUUACAGCGGGGUAGGCAAAGCUAACGCUCUUGAUAUUGCCUGUGGUUUUACUCUUCUUUGUCGUGGGAAAAAAAGUGACAAACUAGAGUUUGCAUUUGAYACUUUAGACACAGAAAAGAGGGGAGUUCUAAAAAGGUCAGAUGUAACACGAUAUCUGCGUUCGUUUUURUUGGUUCUGGUGAAAUUGGCUUCGGCCACKGCACUGGAUUCAGACUUUAUUGACGAUGCGAUGACAAUGAUGAAUGGCGACAAGUGCGACUGCUCGAUUAGUAACAUGUCGAAAGCAGUAGAGAUGGGAUGCGAAUGGGCGACUCUCCAAGCUAUUAAAGGCAGUAGGGGUCUUCGUGACGAYAUUAGCUUUGAUGAUUUUGCAGAAUGGUAUACACGCAUAGGCCAUGGCAAUAUUGGCUGGGUWGAACUCUUGGAUUUGAACAAAUGGGCCGUAAAGACACAAGUGUCAUCAAACCAUACAAGAUAAUGUACCUAGUAUGAAAUAUUAUUUUGACUUYURAUCGAUAAACUUUUUUGUAUUUG